AAGAUUCAUUUUUUUUUUUUAAAGUCAUCACCUAAAGAAGAAAAAGAAAAAGGAAAUACUUAUCAAAUAAAAAUACAGAUAGUAUAUUAAACAAAGAGGUGGGACCCACGUGGGCAGCUCGAGGAGAGAGUGGGGGCCCACAUAAGCAAAACCAGCUGUGAAGUUUGUGAUUCUCUCUCUCAUGUUCUCUCCUCUCCUACUCCCCUUGAAUUCUUCCUCGCUCAUGGCCAAGAUCUGGUUCUCGCUGUCCUUCAUCACACACACAGCAUACACACUCGAGAAACAAAUUUAGGUUCCUUUCAACUUGAUACAUUUCUCUCUUUGUGCACUUCUUUUUUCUUUUCCUUUUUGGAAUUAUACAAUUUUGUUUCUGAGCUGAGACUUCACUUGACUGAGAGUUUUGAUUGUGUGAGAUCCGAGCAAUACCAAUCAGAUUAGUGCAAUUGAGGAAUGAUAGAUGGGUAGAAAAGGAAAUUGGUUGUCUUCAGUUAAGAAGGCUUUCAGCCCAAAUUCAAAGAAAUCAAAGAGAGCCCAAAAGUCGAAUAACAUACCAUUCGAGAAUGAAAAGCCAGUAGUUGCUGCUGAAUCUCCCAAGCCGGAGGCUGUUGAAGAAUCUCAUCCUCACCCUCUUCCGCCUUUGGAGGAUGUUAAGUUGGAGGAGGUGGAAGAUGAGCAGACGAAACAUGCUUACUCCGUUGCAGUUGCUUCGGCUGCAGCUGCUGAAGCCGCAGUAGCAGCAGCACAGGCUGCAGCUGAGGUGGUACGGCUGACCACCGUGUCCCAGUAUGCCGGAAAAUCUGCUGAGGAAGUGGCAGCUAUUAAAAUCCAGACUGCUUUCCGUGGUUACCUGGCAAGGAGGGCACUGCGGGCAUUGAGAGGGCUGGUCAGGCUGAAAUCACUUGUUGAUGGGCCCACUGUCAAACGCCAAACUGGAAAUACUCUAAAAUGCAUGCAGACUUUAUCUCGUGUGCAGUCUCAGAUUCAAUCGAGAAGACUGAGGAUGUUGGAGGAGAACCGGGCUCUCCAGAGACAGCUGCUGCAGAAACGUGCCAAAGAACUGGAGAGUUUAAGGAUGGGAGAGGAAUGGGAUGAUAGUCUACAGUCGAAAGAACAGAUUGAGGCGAACAUGCUGCACAAAUAUGAAGCUGCUAUGAGGCGAGAAAGAGCCUUAGCUUAUUCAUACACUCAUCAGCAAACGUGGAAGAAAUCGGCAAGGUCUCCUAACUUGCUGUUCAUGGACCCUACUAAUCCUCAUUGGGGUUGGAGCUGGCUAGAGCGAUGGAUGGCUGCACGACCAUGGGAGACUCCGAGCACGGCCGAUAAGGAUCUGAACAAUGACCGUUCGUCAAUCAAGAGCGGUGGAAAUGGGACUGCUGGAGAAAUCACAAAGUCUUUCGCUCGUCAUCAGCUCAACUCCGAGAUAUCACCAUCCUCACCGGCCAGCCAGAAACCUCCCAGCCACCCUUCCCCGGCGACCCCCCUGUCGAAAGCAGCAUCUUUGUCUGUGGCUGCCCGGAAAACGAAACCAGCAAGCCCAAGAGGUAGCGCGAUGAGUCAAGAUGAAGACUCGAGGAGCAUCUUCAGUGUGCAGUCAGAACGGAAUAGGAGGCACAGCAUUGCUGGCUCUUCAGUUAGAGAUGACGAGAGCUUGGCAAGUUCUUCAUCCGUGCCAAGCUACAUGGCCACGACACAGUCGGCCAAGGCCAAGUCGAGAUUGCCAAGUCCGUUAGGGCUGGAGAACAGUACCACUACACCGGAGAAAGGGUCAGCAGGAGCAGGAGCAGGAUCAGCCAAGAAACGUCUCUCGUUCCCGGCUUCACCGGCCAGACCAAGGCGGCAUUCUGGACCCCCAAGGGUCGAAACGAGUUCUGUCGCUGAGAACGGCACAAACGGGGAGCUCAGCUGAUCGAUCGUCUUGACGGCGGUGAGAUGUAUGGAUACUCCAGUUGAUGAAGAAAUCAGUAAGAGCAUCUUUUAAUUUGGGAAGUUCCCACUCCUAAAAUUGUCAUUCUUUGAAUAUUGGGGCUUGGUUUGAGGUGUUUUAUUUUUCCCCCCUUUUAAGUCUUGAGUGAUUUUAUUUCAUUUCUUUUUUCUCCCAUAUAUUUGCAUUUGUUCUUCUCUUAGUGAUGUUGAGGUUUGCCAUACUUGAUAACUAUUUUAGGAAAAGGACCUUAUUUACUGUUGUUUUGAGUGAAUCUUUGUGGAAAAUAUAAUUUCUUUUGUAUAUAGUUUCACUUCUCUUUUUUCUAGUUCAGCUUUUCAUUUCACUAUGAUUUGGUUGGCUGAUAAUGAUGAAAAUCGAGUUUUAUUACUAGGGUUUGACAUUCCACCUAAAUAAUGAUGAAUGGCAGUAAAAAUGAUGGCAAUAUGUUAUAUUUAGUACUCAUUCCAAAAAAGAAAGGAAAAAGAAUUAGAAAACCAAAUCCUAAGCAAGGUAUAUGUGCUAAUGGAUAAAGGUUAAACUUGAUGUUGAAGCUGAUGGAGAAUAUAAAUAAUCGAUUCUACGGUUUAAAUAUAAUUAAAGAAGUAGGGUUAUAAUUUCAUAGAGAAUGCACGAGUAUGCUAGUAUCAAUUAUUUUUUCAUAAAUAUAGUUUCUAGCAUAUUCGGAUCAUAUUGUGAAAUACAUAUGUACUGUAUUUUUGAUAGAUGUGUAUUUUGUAUGUGUAUAGCUUGGAUAGCACAUAAAUUAACUUCAAAACUAGGGAGGUUCUCAAAAAAAAAUAAAUAAUAAUAAUAAUAAUAAUAAUAAUAAUAAUAAAUAAAUCAAAACUAGGGAUACAUACUAAGACAUAAUUUUUGUUCGAUUUGAAUUCGAAAUUUUACAAUUCAAAUACAAAUAUAAAUAUAAAUAUAUUUUGUAAUUCAAAGUUAUUAAAUACGAUUUCAGAAUAAUGAUAUUUAAUUUGAUUUUAAAAAUAUUUGAUUAUAUGAAAUAUAUUCAUUUUAUGUUUUUUCAAAAAGAUAAAAGAAAAAAAUUAUGAAGUGCUAUUUUGAUGAACUUGAUGACAAAAUUUUCCUUAUUAAUGUAGGAUCAUUUAAUUCCUAAACUUUAUAUUAAAUAUAUUUUCAAAAUUACCAUUGAGAUUUUGAAAAUUGCUGUUUUAAUAUAGUAUAGAUAUUGGAUAUAGCUCCAUAUUGUUUAAUUCAAGAAUAAGGGCACAUAUCUUUAAAUAAAAUUAGAGGCAGAGUAGAGUUUGGGCCUAUUGUAUUUUUUGGGCCGCGAAUUAUGUAAUGGGCUGAUUUAAUGAGAUAGUAUAUUACUACAAAGAAUAUAACCUUUUAAAUACAUCUCUAAUCUUCAAAAAACAAUGACAACUCUAAAAACCUAACUGAAUCCCAAACUAAACCCUACGAAACCUAACAAUGGCGGGAGGCAAAAUCAGGAAAGAGAGGCCCCAGAGAGGCGGCGGCAGCGGCGGCGCCACCCACUUUCAGGGAGGAAUCCCGUUCCACAAGUCGAAAGGCCAGCAUAUACUGAAGAACCCUCUCCUGGUCGACUCAAUCGUCCAGAAAUCCGGCAUAAAACACACCGACACCAUCCUCGAGAUCGGUCCCGGUACUGGAAAUCUCACGAAGAAGCUUCUCGAAGCCGGUAAAUGCGUCAUCGCCGUCGAGCUCGACCCGCGCAUGGUGCUCGAGCUGCAGCGCCGCUUCCAAGGAACCCCCUACUCCAGCCGAUUGAAGGUCAUCCAAGGCGACGUCCUUAAAUGCGAUCUCCCUUACUUCGACAUCUGCGUCGCCAACAUCCCCUACCAGAUCUCCUCGCCGCUCACCUUCAAAUUGCUGUCUCACCGCCCGCUGUUCCGGUGCGCGGUGAUCAUGUUCCAGCGGGAAUUCGCGAUGCGGCUCGUCGCUCAGCCCGGCGACAGCCUGUACUGCCGCCUCUCCGUUAACACGCAGCUUCUGGCUAGGGUUAAUCAUCUGCUCAAGGUCGGGAGGAACAAUUUCCGGCCGCCGCCAAAGGUCGAUUCCUCCGUCGUCAGAAUCGAGCCGAGGAAGCCGCUGCCGCCGGUGAAUUUCAAGGAGUGGGACGGACUGGUUCGCAUCUGCUUUAAUCGGAAGAACAAAACCCUAGGCGCGUUGUUCAGGCAGAAGGGGAUUCUCGCGUUGCUUGAGAAGAAUUUCAAGACGCUGCAAGCGUUGCAGAUGAAAUCAGAUGGAUUCGAUCAGGAUGCCGAGAUUGCGCAGAGCUUAUCUGCUUUGGGGAAUACAUUGGGGGAUAUGAGCAUUGAUGCUGAUGCUGAGGAAGAAGGGAAAGACUACGACGAUGAUGAUAUGGAGAUGGAUGAUGGAGGAGAUGCGAAGGGCUCUGAUUUUAAAAACAAGAUUUUGGGGGUUUUGAAAUCGGGUGAUUUUGAGGAUAAAAGGGCCUCAAAACUUGCUCAAGCUGAUUUCAUGCAUCUACUUUCCUUGUUUAAUAAGGCUGGAAUUCACUUUUCUUAAUAAGAUUUUUGGUUGCGUUUUUGUUUUUUCUUAGUUUUGUUUAAAUUGGAGAAUCUCUUAGUCUAUCACAUACGUUUGAUUUAUUAUUUCUGUGUGUUGGUAAAUAUUUGUUGUGUUUUCAUUGUAAUGAUUCUUUGUUUUUGGGUGAGUAAAGCAUGAUAGUGUAGUGUUUGGUGAUC